AUGUCUGUGGCCAUAAAAUUCUUCAUCAUCUUCCUUUUGGUUGAAAAAUCCACCGCACUUUAUUGGCCAGCUGAUCCGACCUCCGAGGAGAAAAAAGGAAUCGGUCUAAAUAAGUCAGAGAUUGACUUUAUCAGUAUUCUUAGAGACACAGUUCGAGGAUGGCAAAUAGAAGCAGAUGCUAAAUACUCACUUUGGACAUCUUCCGAUUACAUGACCCGAUCACUAUUCCUACAAGACAAAGUUCGAGGUUAUGUUGACAAAGUUCGAGGUUAUGUUAAGCUUUGGGGUGAGUGGAAGAAUCAUACGGGAUACCCAUACGCUGACUUGCAUAAGAAGAUUUACGGUGACUUUUGGCCAAGGAAUGAGAUACUUUGCCGUCGAAUUGAGGGUAUAGAUCUUUUCAUGUAUCUUUUAUAUGGCCUUAGUGCAGAAUCGGGUAUGGUUUAA